AUGUCGCUUGCCUUUCAAAACGAGCUCACGCCAGCCCGAGACACCACUUCAGACUCUCCAAGAUCGUCGCAGGAACAGCGAUGCUACUCGUCGCCAACAUCGGUCGAGAGCUACAGCAAGAAACAUGGCACACGGGAGCUGGCAGAGCAUUCGGUGGAUCCGCUGGACGGAUCUAGGCCGGUCAGACUGCAUCCAGUGCCAAAAGGAAGUAUCGGUCCGCCUGAUGCCGCGUCGCUCAGCCAGACGUGGCACAAACUCCAGCUGGACGAUGAAGCGGCCACAAGUGGCACGAUGGACGUGACAGAGAAAACGACGGGUGCGCACGACUACGAAAGCGUGCUGGACCACCACAGCUUGGUGGAGAACGGGUCGUUCAUCCAGGGUCUGGACGACGAAAAAGUGCUGCUCAACGGCAGCACUUCGCGUAAAAAACCCUCGAGACGGGCUACUCAAGACUCCGGCCACUCCCUGCGUCAAUUUCCGUUUGAUUCCGGCAAGCACGCUAAAAUUGUGCCUGUUCCAUCUCCUACGGAAGAAGCGCAGGAUCCAGCCAUAAGUGCUAUACAAGCGAGCCCUGCUGGCGUCUCAGAGCGUGAACACAGCAACAGUGACGGGGCAGACGAGAUCACAUCUCUCAUACGGACCUCACACUCUCGUGCCAACUCUGCACAAUCUUUCAACGUCAGCCACAGGCCCAGCGCUGUGAACGACGGCUCCUUGAAACGUUCAGAGUCGGCCACUGCUGAGAUUAAAAAAAUGCGCGAGACCUUGCUGCAAAAGCGGGAAAUGCGUAAGAAACAACAAAAUUUCCUAGACGACGAUAGGGUACUGAUAGGAAACAAAGUGAGCGAAGGACACGUUAACUUCACUAUCGCUUACAACAUGCUCACGGGCAUUAGAGUCGCAGUCUCUAGGUGCUCGGGCAUUAUGAAACCCUUGACCCCUCGCGAUUUUCGUCAAACUAAAAAACUUGCGUUUGAUUUCCACAGAAAUGAACUCACUCCAAGUUCCCAAUAUGCAUUCAAGUUCAAAGACUAUUGCCCCGAGGUGUUUAGGGAGCUGCGGGCGUUGUUUGGUCUGGAUCCUGCGGACUACUUAAUGUCUCUCACAUCAAAAUAUAUUCUCAGCGAGUUGAACUCUCCGGGCAAAAGUGGUUCUUUUUUCUACUUCAGUAGGGACUACAAAUACAUUAUCAAGACCAUUCACCAUGCCGAACACUUGCAUCUGAGAAGAACGCUCAAAGAAUACUAUACUCACAUAAAGGAAAACCCAAAUACCCUAAUUUCCCAGUUUUAUGGUCUACAUCGGGUCAAGAUGCCAAUAUCUUUUAAAAGUAAGAUCAAGCAUCGCAAAAUAUACUUUCUGGUGAUGAACAAUCUAUUCCCCCCUCAUUUGGAGAUACACACAACGUUCGACCUGAAGGGCUCAACUUGGGGCAGGUACACGAAGGUCAAUGAUUCCGAGCCUACAGAUGCGGGAGAUGCACACCGGCCAGUUUUGAAAGACCUUAACUGGCUGCAAGAACAGCGUGCCAUACGGUUUGGCCCGCUGAAAAAAAAGAAGUUUCUGCAGCAGCUUGAGAAAGACGUGGAUUUACUCGCGCGGCUGAAUAUCAUGGAUUACUCGCUUUUGCUCGGUAUUCACGAUAUGGAAAAGGGGAAUGACUUGAUAGACGAGCAGAACAUCUUGGCGAAAUUCAGCCCCGACCAAAAUGAAUUGCAGGAGGUGAAGCGUAAGUCGAUGGCAGAACAGCAAAUGCGUCACAAAUCGGCCUUAGCCGUACAGCACUUUUUUCAGCAGGACGAAGGUGGUAUACGUGCCUCAGACGCCUUCAACAACGACCUGGACACCAUAUACUACGUGGGCAUCAUUGACUGCUUGACUAACUACUCAUGCCUAAAGAAGCUGGAGACUUUUUGGCGAGGCCUAAGCCAUGACUUGAAGGUGAUCAGUGCGGUUCCUCCACGUGACUACGGUGACCGCUUCUAUGACUUCAUGGAGGCUUCGGUCAAUAGAGUGCCUCAAAAGAGAUACAAAGAUGAUCCGGAUGCUAAGGAAUAUAAAGACAGUCCCGCCCAUGAUGUAGUCAAUGAGAAAGUCGCAGUUUAA